CUUUUUCAAAUCCGCUUCUUUCUUAAAAGUUCUCUUACAUUCUUCGCACUCCAUAUAUAGACUAACAUAUUUGCGCUGUUGCCCCCAAUCACACUUGGAGACGGGAUUGUCCGUAGGUGGAUUUUUGCCACGGGUCUUGCCCGUGUUGAGAUUGCGCUGGAACCCCCAUUCCCUAUACUACUUGUGAUAUGGAUCGCAACAUCGAUUGCAUGCAACAUUGCGCGCAAUGAUGCAACGUGUUUCCCUAGCUUAAUUCAAACAACUGAUAAAUCCAAGCACGUUACUCCAACAGGCCGAGCUUGCCAGGGACAAACUGAUGAGAAAACAAGAGGAACUCAAGAAAUAUCUCAAUGAACAUGAAAUCAAGCUGGAUCUUGCGCUAGAAGACGACAAACUAGCCCGCGAUCAAGACAUGGAUUUAGCCACAGAAUUGCAGAAAAGAUUCCAAGAUUUUGAGGAGAGGUGUACUUCUACCACGACAACCGAAGAACAUAACAAUAGCAAUGAAUCCUUAAAACAGGAUCACAGCUACGAGGUCGAACACGUGGACCAGAAUAGCAAUAACUCCCUACCCUCUUCCCCCAUGAAUAGUACAUUUGAGUCCCAGCAUGCACUGCGUCAGGCAGAGCUUGGGCGCCAAGUCCAAGAGCUGACAAAAGCGCUGACUAUGAAACAAGAAUUGGCUUUGAAGAUGCAGCAAAAUGAGGGCGCCAUGAAUGAAAAGAUGGUUAAACAGUACGAGACUACCGUACGUGAGCUGGAAUCUGAAAUCGGUAAACUCGAAAAAGAAAAAUCUGAGCUCGCACAGGCUCUUGUUGCCGUCAAAUCCUCAACUAAUGCUGAAGGGAGUUCCAAAGACAGAUCUCGCAUCAAGGAACUGGAGACAAAAAUCGUCGAUCUAAAAAAGAAACAGGUCGAAAUGCAGAAACUUCAGCGCCUCAAGCAACAGAGUGAUUCAACGAUUACUAAACUAAAUACUGAAAUCCAGAGCAUGAAAUCAGUUCGCGUCAAGCUGAUGAGACAAAUGAAGGAAGAAUCUGAAAGAUUCAGGAUACUGAAGAAAGAGAAAGAAAAAGAAAUAAUGCAAUUAAAACAACAGGACCGUAAGCGACAGUUCCAAUACAGCAAACUACAAAACAUUCAUCAAAAACAGCAAGCAGUUUUGAAGAGAAAGACGGAAGAGGCUGCAUUAGCAAACAAAAGACUCCAUGAAGCAAUCUGCAAAAGGAAAGAAGCAGCUGACAAGAGAGAAAAUUAUCAAAAUAUACAAAAUAAGCAGUCGGAAGGGUUGAUUCCCAGAAUGAAGUCAUGGCUAGGUCACGAGAUCGAGGUUCUCGCCAGCGUUAGUCUGGCCAAGAAAACCCUGGAAGAACUGAUUGAAGACCGGAAGACGAUUUCUCACCAGUUAUCUGAACUGCGAGGGAAAAUACAAGACGACGAAGAACAGCCACCAAAAAAGAAAAAAUUAUCGAUUGGUGGUGUGGAUUCUGAUGACAGAAAACCAGAAAGUGAUGAACAACAAAUGAAGCUGAAGACACUGGAGGCGGAACUGAAAAUCAAGACCUCACAUAUUGCCGAAUUACAACAACAGUUACUAGCUGCUGACAAUCACAUUUCAAGUGAAAAGUCUAAACAUCGAUGGAACAAUAUCCACACUAUGGCGGAGGCCAAAGCUGGCUUACAAGUAUUGUUAUCGAUGUCUGUGAAUGCAAAGGCCAAGCAAAUCAAGAUUGAAAAAGACAUCGAAGAACAGAAGAAAGAAUUAGAAGAACUUCGCAACGAGUCAGCUGGCUUGACUAAAAAGCACAAAGAGCAGCUGGACUUUCUCCGUAGGGAUUACGAUGCACGGGUAACUACGAUACAGAAAGAACAUGAAGAUAAGGUUCUGUUGCUGCUCGAACAAAUACCAAGUGAAGAAGAGAAAGCAAAUUUCGAAAGUCUUCGCGAGAAUAUUAAACUCAAAGAGAAAGAAUUAAAUGAGAAGCAACAGGAAACUGAUCUUCUCCGACAGAAACUCCUCACACUGACCGAGGCAAUAAACGAUAACGAAUCAUCAGUCCAAAAUAUGGCGUCAUCUAUCAAGGAAACAUCACAGAAUUCGGAAAUGAUUGUGGAAGAUGUUGAAGAGAAGGUCGUAUUUAUCAGUGACGAGCUUGAAGAAAGCGAAGACGACUAUAUAGACGACAUAUACAAGGAUCCAAACUGGGUGGAAACUCCUCUCAUGAAAAACAUGUGGAGAUCGAAAGACGUUCCCAAUAACUACAAGGGAAUSCGAUGCAACUGUAAAGGAAAGUGUAUGACCCAGGCUUGCAAGUGCAAAAAGGGUAAAACAGAGUGUGACGACGAAUGUGGCUGCAUUAAAGAUAAAUGCGUCAACAGACCAAAAGAUCCAGCCACGCCCAUGCUCUUUAACUCAUCUUUCGAAACCGACCUGUCAACUAGCGAUGACUGUCUAUCGACGCUCAAAACCAAAACAAAAAAGCGUAUUUCUAAUGCAGAAAGAAAGGCUUUGGCCAACUCAAACAGGAUGGCAAAUCCAACAAAGUCAUCGCUGUUUCACUCUAGAGGGAGAGAAAACAAAACCCCAACGUCACGUUUUUUUGUGAACAAGAAUAAAACGUUCAAGAGCUCUUCGGCUUCGUCAAGUUCUUCAGAAAAAGGGAAUAAAAUCCGUCGAAAAUCGGGCGUUCUUUCUAAGAAGCCAGGCGUUAAAGACGCGACUUCUCGAUUCUUAGGAACUCCUAAUCGGUUUCUAAAAACACCUGGGUCAGGUUUUACUCCACCAAGAGUGUCKUCUUCUCAAACGAUGAAAAGUAACGUGCUGAAAAGCAAAAUCAAGGCAAGCAAUGUGGAGGACAAGAAACGCAAGAGGAAGCUACACAACCCUUCUUCUACAACUGCGCUGUUGUGAAUCCAACAUCAUGAUAACGAAUGAUUUGUCAAGUCUUACUAGGGCUACACCAGAGUGGGGAAAAGCGAAGAUGAUGAAUGUCAGAUUUAUUAACUCUCGUUGUAACACUGUUGGAAAUUAAUAGCCAGCUUUUGAUAUUCUGAGUGAUCAAGCAAAAAACAAUUUGAGUCGAGGCUCAAAAAAUAAUCAUGAUWACAUCUUUUMCCCAGAGCCUUGCAUUGGAUUGUUUUGUCAACCACAAUAUUUGGUUAUUGCCAUGCCAAUGCAAGAAUGUUUGAGUCUCACUCUGAAGUGSUCUYMRSAGAUWURCACAGAAAAAGUUAUAAUGCAUGAUAAUCAAGUUUUCUUUAUCUCAACUCGAAGCAGCUCAUUGGUACACMAAUAUUUCAAAACAUAGACAAUUUUAAUUUUUUCAAGUAAUGAAGUAAUACUCAAGGGAAUGACAUAUGGAGUCUGAUAUUGAAAAGCAUUUUGCUUUGGUAAUAUACGCUUUUUAUUGGAAAA